UAAAUCAAGUAUCUGAAAUUGAAAAAGAAGUCCUUGAAACUAGAUUGAUACAUUGAAUCCUCUUAAAACAGGGUAAAUACCUUUGACAGGAUUUCACGCGGUCCCAGUUAAAUUUAUAGAGAAAAACAUUGUUGAAAAUUGACUAAGCAGCUGCUUUUCAAAAAUAUUUUGUCUUUUCAAAGUGUUUGGUUAUUGCACACUUAAGGAAGAAAUUGCUAUCACGUUUUCAUUUUCUUUCAAGUUGUUUAACUAAUUUUACUUCUCAAUAUACUAAGUAAAGGAAAUUAAUACUACAAACAGAAUGCAAAUAUUUAAUUGAAUUCAACACAUGCCAUAAUCUGGCUUUAAAACUAUCAAGUCACUGUUAUUUGUGACUUUAGUUCUGGCCAAAGCGGUCGGCAUAUAAGAACUAAAUUUGCUUGUUUUUUCUGUACACGAUUAAGUUUAGAAAGAUAAAACAUGGUAUUAAAAAGAAUAUCAUAUUUGUGACUUUUUUUAGGGUAAUAAAGUAAAGAAUCGAGAAUGUUUCCAUUGGAGAUUGUUGCAAUCGUGUGCUACAUGUUAAUUAGUGCUGUGACAAUUCUUGCUAACUUUGUUGUUCUCACAACAAUUUUACUAACGAAAAAGUUACGAACAGCUUCGAACACUUUCCUAAUUUCGCUAGCAGUUGCCGACAUAUCUGUCGGCAUGGUGACCCUACCGAUGAGGACAUCUGAAGUUUUCAAAGCUUCUUGGACUCUGAGAAUCGAUUAUUGCACAUUCUCGCAUUGUUUCACGUUGAUGACACUCACUGCAUCCAUUUUAAAUCUGGUCGUUAUCUCAGUGGAUAGAUAUAUAGCAAUUGGGCAUCCUUAUACGUAUGUCAAACUUCAAAUAUACAUGUGGCAUUUUGUAAUUUUUUCAAUAUCUUUAGCUUGGAUGGUCGCCAUCUUGAUUUCAUUUUUACCCUUAUAUGGGUGGGGUUCAAACGGCAAAGUAGGUCGACGUUAUAAAGGCGGCAUAUGCAAGUUUAAUGAGACCGUAACACAAGAAUAUAUCUUCACUGUGUUGCUGGGGAUCGUCGGUAUUUCUAUACUAAUCGUGUUCUUCAUUUAUUAUAAAAUAUAUAUCAUUGUUAAGAAUCAUAUUACCCGUAUCACUCCUCUAUCAGUGCCAAGUCAGGCUACAGAUACUGCUUUCUCGUCUGAUGUCUACAGCAGUUCACGAAAAGCAAGUCUUUUAAACCCAACAAAUGGCACACUGCAGGUUCCAGCAUUUCAAUCUCGAGCUAAUUCCAUAACAAGUGAGAACGCUCUUGGAGGUAGUAUAAUUAGGAAGGAGAAAUCAGUAACUAAAUAUGUAAAACAUAAAAAAGCCUUUUUAAAAUCGUGGAAAUCGGCCAAAACAAUGUUUUUUGUUAUUUUAUGCUUUUUCGUGGCUUGGACUGCUUUUAUUGUACCAACAUCCAUUUUUUUGAAAUGCCCGUCCUGCGCCAACUCAGCUGUUGUGUUAAUAUCUACUAUUAUAUUAUUUUCCGGCAGUGCCGUCAAUCCGUUUAUAUACUUCUCAAAGAUAAAGUUGUUUCGCGAGGAGACGAAAAAGUUAUUCGCCAAACUGUGUUGGAAAAUCAAAGUAUAAAAGUUCUAUCGAAAUUUCAGGACCGUCACCGUAUCGCCUACACAAAUAACGAAAUAUCAAUUGCGCGGUCUAAUCGCCGAGUAAUACCGAACGUAAUGGGAUGUUACCGAAAAACAUUCCAGAACAUCAUGAAAUAUUACGGCGUAUUACGAAAUGUUACCAAACAACUUAAAAAUAUAUAAUAUUAUGUUUUAAAAAACAAACAAAAACAAAUAUUGAUAUUCGAGACAAAAACAUGGUAGAGGAGAUUAUGUUACUUCAUUGAAGAGGACAGUAUUAUCAUCGAGGAAAAAGGCUUUUUAUAGUAAAAAAAGAAGCCAUUAUUAUAAUAAUUUUAAAAGGGUGUACGAAAAUGUUUUCGAUAAUGUUUUUAUAACAAUCAAUGGAUAGUCGUCAAAUUCAGAAAGUUGGAAACGAAAAUACUAAAAUACUUAAAAAUUCUCCUUUCUCACUAACUUGUGUGCCGAAGCUGGUCGUUCGUGAGAUUUUUUAAUAAAUGUGAUAUGUUUUACGGUUAAUUUUUUUGUAAAUAUGUCCAUAUUUUACAUGUACAUACUGAAUGAAGAUUAUAGUGUUCGUCU